AUGAAGAAGCUGUGUGUUUUUCUUAUUUCCUUCUUGCUCCUGAAGUUUUCUCUCAUCUUAUGUGGUUUGACAGAAACUAGCUGCUUUUGGAGAAUAAAGAGCAAUGAAGAGAAUGACAGAGAUUUGCGAACUGACUGUGGUUUUGCUCUUUUCAUGACUCCAGGACAUGUAGAUGAAGAUUUUUAUAGUGGUUUAAUUGAUUUUGGAAUACCAACAUCAAAAUAUGAGUUUUUUCUGGUAUUGUUUUUUGCUACUGAUGAGAUCAACAGGAACCCUUUUAUUUUACCCAACAUGUCUCUGACAUUUUCCUUUGGUGUUGGCAUGUGUUUUGAUACAUUGGAAAUAAUUGAUGAACUAAAUUCACAACAAAACAAUACCUCAAGAUUUCUUAAUUAUGACUGUGGAAUGUAUGAUUGUGAUGUAGAACUUACAGGACCAUCAUGGACUACAUCUUUAAAACUGGCAACCUAUAUCAAGGCUCCAAAGAUUUUCUUUGGACCAUUUCAUCCUAUCCUGAGUGACAAUAUCCAUUUACCCAAUGUCUACCAGAUAGCACAGAAAGAUACAUGUUUGCCCCAUGCCAUGGUCUCUUUGAUGCUUUAUUUCACAUGGACCUGGAUAGGGAUGGUCAUCUCAGAUGAUGACCAGGGAAUUCAGUUUCUCUCAAACUUUAGAGAAGAGAUGCAAAGAAAUGGAGUCUGUUUAGCUUUUGUGAAUGUGAUCCCAGAUAACAUACAGUUAUACAUGACAAGGGCUGGAAUAUAUGACAAACAAAUCAUGACAUCAUCAGCAAAGGUUGCUAUCAUUUAUGGAGAAAUGAACUCUACCCUAGAAAUCAGCUUCAGAAGAUGGGGAUGUUUAGGUGUACAGAGAAUCUGGGUCACCACCUCACAAUGGGAUGUCACCACAUGUAAGAGAGAUUUCAGCCUUGAUCUCUUCCAUGGGACUGUCACUUUUGCACACCACCAUGGCAAGGUUUCUAAAUUUAAGAAUUUUAUGCAAACAAUGAACACUUCCAACUAUCCAGUAGACAUUUCACAGAUGAGAAUGAAAUGGAAUUAUUUUAAUUGUUCAGUCUCCAAGACCAACUAUAGCACAAGGAAUCAUUUUUCAUUCAACAUUACACUGGAAUGGUUAUCACAACACAGAUUUGACAUGGACCUGAGUGAAGAAGGUUACAAUUUAUACAAUGCUGUAUAUGCUGUGGCCUACACCUACCAUGAAAUCAUUCUCCAGCAAGCAGAAUCCCAGCAAAUAGAUGAACUCAUAGGUUUAUCCUAUGACUGUCAUCGGAUGACUUCUUUGCUGAAGAAGAGAGUAUUUACUAACCCUAUUGGAGAGCUGGUGAACAUGAAUCCAAGAGAAAAACUAUGUGCAGAGUAUGACAUUUACAACAUUUGGAAUUUCCCACAAGGUUUUGGAUUAAAGGUGAAAAUAGGAGGUUAUUCCCCUUAUUUCCCACAGAACCAACAACUGCACAUUUCUGAAGAAUUAGAGUGGGCCAUGGGAGCAACACUGUUUCCCACUUCUACAUGCAGUAUGACAUGCACUCCUGGAUUCAGGAAAUUUCAUCAGGAACAAACAGCAGACUGCUGCUUUGACUGUGCCUGGUGCCCAGAGAAUGAGAUUUCCAAUGAGACAGUGGAUAUGGAACAGUGUGUAAGCUGUCCAGAAGACCAGUAUUCAAACACAGAACACACACACUGCCUGCAAAGAUAUGUCUCCUUUCUAUCUUAUGAAGACCCAUUGGGAAUGACACUGGCCUGCAUGUCCCUGUGUUUCUCUGCCCUCACAGGUCUUGUUCUUGGUGCUUUUGUAAAGUACAAUGACACUGCUAUUGUGAAAGCCAAUAAUCAAAUUCUCAGCUACAUCUUACUGGUCUCCAUCACCUUCUGCUUCCUCUGCUCAUUGCUCUUCAUUGGGCAUCCCAACAUAGUCACUUGCACUCUGCAGCAGACCACAUUUGGAGUCUUUUUCACAGUGGCUGUGUCUACUGUCUUGGCCAAGACUAUUACUGUGGUCCUGGCCUUCAAGCUCAAUGCUCCAGGAGGAAGGAUGAGAGGGAUGCUGGUAUCAGGGGCACCUAACUUUGUCAUUCCCAUCUGUACCUUGGUCCAACUUGUUCUCUGUGGAAUCUGGCUGGUCACAUUCCCUCCCUUUAUUGAUACAGAUACACACUCUGAACAUGGGCAGAUCAUCAUUGUGUGCAACAAAGGCUCGGUCAUUGCAUUCCAUUUUGUCCUGGGAUACCUUGGCUCCUUGGCUCUGGGAAGCUUCACUGUGGCCUUUUUGGCCAGGAAUCUUCCUGACAGAUUCAAUGAAUCCAAAUUCCUGACUUUCAGCAUGCUGGUGUUCUGCAGUGUCUGGGUCACCUUCCUUCCUGUCUACCACAGCACAAAGGGGAAGGUUAUGGUGGCUGUGGAGGUCUUUUCUAUCUUGGCCUCCAGUGCAGGUCUGUUAGGGUGCAUCUUUGUCCCAAAAUAUUAUGUUAUUUUAAUAAGACCAGAUUCAAAUUCUCUUCAGAAGUACAGGGAUAAAUCUCUUCAUUGA